AUGACAGGCAAGGCUGUGGCAGCUGUCCUGAUUCUUCUCCUGAUCUCAGCUAUUGGAACAAAAGGCAAAGCCCUGCCCCGCUCAGCAGGUGAGCUGCGGUGCCUGUGCAUAGGCACCCACUCCAAGUUCAUCCAUCCCAAGUUCAUUAGUAACUUGAACCUCUUCCCGAGUGGACCUCACUGCGAGAACACUGAAGUCAUAGCUACCCUGACAGACGGCAGAGAGGUGUGCCUGGAGCCCACGGCUCCCUGGGUGAAGCUGGUCAUCAAAACUAUUCUGGACAAGAAAAAUGACAAACCACCGACUGUGUCCUAA